AUGUUGAAUAAAUCGAGAUCAAGACUACCUCCUCAAUUACUGAUUACUCCUAAAUAUGAUGAAAACCUUGCAAUUUGCAAAACGUAGGAGGACAUCACGAAAGAACAUAGAAGAAAUACUAGCUACUAAUAAAGACCUAAACAAUAGAAAUAUAAUUUUCAGUUGUGCCAUUAGAUAGGAAAGGGAUAAUUCAGUAAAGUGAUGCUUGUCAAAAAUGCAGGUGUUUUAUACGCUUUAAAAAUGAUUGACAAAAAACUGAUCUAAAAGUGCAAUAUUGCAUAAUAAGUUUAAAGAGAAAUCGACAUACAAUCAUCGAUAUAACACUAAAACAUAGUUAAAAUGUUUGGCAAUUUUCAAGACAAUGAAUAUGUUUAUCUAAUAACAGAGUAUUGUGAGAAGGGGAAUUUAUACUAAAAAUAAUUCUCUAAGGAGGAGAUUAAGAAAAUAAUCAAAUAGGUACUGCUCGGAAUUCAGUAUCUCCACUCAAUGGGUAUAAUGCAUAGAGAUGUGAAGCCAGAGAACAUCUACUUAACCUCUAAUGACACAAUUAAGAUAGGUGACUUUGGCUUCUCAAAUUAUAGAGGUCGAAGAAAGACAUUCUGUGGUACUCCUGAAUACAUGCCUCCAGAAAUUGUGCUAUCUUAGACCAAUAAGAACUAUUACUAUGGCUAUGACGAAAGAGUAGAUAUCUGGGCUAUCGGAAUCUUGUUGUUUGAGUUAUGCAAUGACACAGUCCCUUUUAGAGAUGCUGAUCGCAACAGAUAGCAAGAUAGGAUAUGUAGGGAGAAUAUACAAUUCAAAGAGGGGGAGGAUAAGGAUCUUAUCGAUUUCAUUCAAAAAUGUUUGAAGAAGGAUCCAAAUCAGAGGGCUGUAAUAUAAGAAUUGUUGCAACAUCCUUACUUAUAAAUUUGA